CCACGACACACUGAGCACCAGUGGUGUGGGAGUGGCGCUCACAGGCCUGUAUAAAGCAGGCAGUGGAGCUCAGACGGCAUCCCUAGAUUGAGAGAAGUGGAUUCUACGCCGACAUUCACUCAGUGUUAUUUUGGACACGAUGCUGCGAGUCAGAUGUCUGAGAGGAGGCAGCAGAGGGGCCGAGGCUGCCCAUCUGAUUGGAGCCAUGCUUGGCCGAGCUGCGACUGGUUGGGUACAAAGGGCCUUCCAGAGCACUUCGAGUGCAGCGGCUGCACAGUCCCAGCUUGCAGCUGAACAUGAACACAUUACUGAGCCUCUGCAGCAGGAAUGUCCUGUCUGUAGCUACAAUGAAUGGGACCCGUUAGAGGAGGUGAUCGUGGGCCGCACAGAAAACGCCCAUGUGCCUCCAUUCACUGUGGAAGUGAAAGCUAACACAUAUGAGAAGUAUUGGACCUUCUACCAGAAAUACGGGGGCCAAUCUUUUCCUGCGGACCACUUGAAGAAAGCCGCUGCUGAGAUUGAAGAAAUGUGCAAUAUUCUGCGUCUUGAAGGCGUCACUGUCGUAAGGCCUGAACCCAUUGACUGGUCCUUUGAAUACAAAACUCCAGACUUUGUGUCAUCAGGUAUGUAUGCUGCCAUGCCCCGAGACAUCCUGCUCGUUGUGGGAAACGAGAUUAUUGAGGCUCCGAUGGCCUGGAGAUCUCGAUUCUUUGAGUACCGAGCCUACAGACCUCUGAUCAAAGAGUACUUCAGAAAAGGUGCUAAAUGGACCACUGCUCCCAAACCCACCAUGGCUGAUGAACUGUAUGAUCAGGACUACCCCAUCCGCACUGUGGAGGACAGGCACAAGCUGGCCGCACAGGGGAAGUUUGUGACCACGGAGCAUGAGCCCUGCUUCGAUGCUGCUGAUUUCAUGCGAGCUGGGAGGGACCUUUUUGUCCAGAGGAGUCAGGUUACAAAUUAUAUGGGAAUUGAGUGGAUGCGCCGUCAUCUGGCACCAGACUACAAAAUCCACAUCAUAUCAUUCAAGGAUCCUAAUCCCAUGCACAUCGAUGCCACUUUUAACAUCAUUGGCCCAGGUCUUGUCCUGUCAAACCCUGACCGUCCGUGCAAACAGAUUGAGAUGUUUAAGAAGGCUGGCUGGACUAUUGUGAAACCCCCGACGCCUCUGAUUCCUAAUGACCACCCACUGUGGAUGUCAUCCAAAUGGCUGUCAAUGAACGUUUUGAUGUUAGAUGAGAAACGUGUGAUGGUUGACGCCAAUGAAGCCACUAUCCAGAAAAUGUUUGAGAAUCUUGGUAUCAAGACCAUAAAGGUGAACAUUCGCCAUGCCAACUCCUUGGGUGGUGGUUUCCACUGCUGGACAACCGAUGUCCGCCGCCGUGGUACCCUGCAGUCCUACUUUCACUAGCCUUGCCAGAAACAGGCAGUUUUUAUUGAGCUUUAAAACUUCAUUUAACUUUACAGUGCAUUACAGUGAGUUUGCAAACAGCUUUGUUCAGACAUACUAUAUGCUCAUUAGUAACAAAAGAACAUGAUUUAUCCUUAAUUCAGUAUAGUUCUCAAUAAUUACUGCAUUUCUGGCCUGGCUGUUGUGAAACUAAAUUAGUAAUGGCAUAUGUACAUCUGAAAGCCAAAACUAUGAGGACAAGGUACAAUUUGGUAUGUGAAUGUCAUCAAACUCUAGGGCACAGUAGGGGAGACGCUACCUCUUCAUAAAAACUUAUAAACCAUUAUUCUGUAUGUUCCAAGUUUUUUAUACUGGGGAAAAAAGACUGUUAAGUAGGCAAUUAAAUUUUAUUUGUUAGCACUAGUGUAUUAUUUUGUAAAA